AUGUCUUGCGGCGCAACAGGAAUUCCUAGUCCAAUCCCACCACGGAGCCCGACGGCUAUUCCUCUGUGGUCGCCGUUGCUCGCACUGCAAGCCUGUCGUAUACGCAGGUACCUCAGCGACGAUUGUAUGACUUACCAAAACCGACACUUACUUCACUCGGAAAGACGUCGGUGUGGGGUAUGCCUCGCAUCCUUCCCGUCCACUUGGCUACUGGAACGCCACGCUGCUCUUCAGCAUGCCUCUCAAUCUGCUUGCGAAGAUAAACCGUUCGUAUGCGAACAAUGUGGGCAAAGCUACAGGUACAGGUCAGCAUAUGUCAAGCACCGGGAGCAAAACCAUCGAGCCAGGCUUCCAGCUGACAAGUUAUUUACUUGCGAUGUCUGCGGUAUGCAAUUCCGUUACCUAAAAUCCUUCAAAAAACACCGUCUUAAUCAUACCUUAGAAAGACUGCACACAAAAAAUACAGAUCCUCCCGAAGAACCCGUGUCUAGUACUAACGAAGUUCUCAUCGGGCAAUGUGGAGAAAUGGAUCUCUCCUUGAAGAAGAGAAACAGAGAUGACACUACUAGAACCCCGCCGAUCGAAGUUAUCGGUGACGCAGAGCAAGACAGCACCGUAGACUCUAACGGUGCCACCGAUUCGAUUGUAACAGUCGACGAUUCCACAGACUGCAGAAAUUCAAGUGCCGAAAGUGAAUCUAGAAGAGAUGACGACGCUCCUCCCGAAGAAAGAAAGAGAAUACCUGUUUCGUUCGCUAGUAUUAGUUCUAUUGCGGAUAGUUCUGAAAGCGAGUCGAGAGGCGAUAGCAGUAAACUAGAGACGUCCAGCGCACACUCUGGAAUUUUGGGCUUUCUGCAGAACGACGACAGGCAGAGGGACCGAGAGAGGAGAUUCGCGUGCCCAUUCUGCGGCAAGUGCGUGAGGUCGAAGGAGAAUUUGAAGUUGCACGUGCGGAAACACACGGGCGAGCGUCCGUUCGUGUGUCUGUUCUGCGGCAGGGCUUUCGGGGGGAAGAGCGAUCUGACCCGCCACUUGCGCAUACACACGGGCGAGCGACCGUACCACUGCGAGGCGUGCGGUAAGUGCUUCGCGCGCGCCGACUACCUCUCGAAGCACCUCACCACGCACGUCCACAACGCACGUUAA